AUGGUCACAGUACCACCACCAGAGAUGGUUGUUAAGUCUACUAGUGGUUCCGGUAAAUGGUUACCGUUUGAUAAUUCAUCGUUGUUAGGAAAUGCUGCAAAAUUCAUUGGCAAUACCGUAUCAAUCUUUGUUAAUUUUGCCUUACAUUUAUAUGUUAAUAGUCUUAUAUUUGAAGUGAUGGUUGUAUUCAAGAUUAGAAGAUGGAUCAAUUCAUCGUAUAAGAAAAUCAUCUAUUUCCAUUUGUAUUUGCUUGAGUUGGUUAUGAUCAUUAACCUUAUGAUUAUAGGAGGCAUUUAUUCAUUGACAGGAACUAUUCCAGAACAAGAACAGAAUCACCAUCAAGAUCAAAAUCACGAUAAAGGUCAACUCUACAAUGAGAAGGGAUGGUUAAAGAUUUCCUCUGUUCACGAUGCUUACUGGAAGAACUUGGAUAUUGAGUUCAAGAGAAGGUACAGCUCCAAGGCUACUGACUCAUUCUUGGCGCCCUUAACACUAUUCAUUGAUAUAAAGUAUUCCCCAUCUAAUUCUUCACCCGAUGAAUUCAAAGAGGUUAUUUGUCCAAUAGUCGAUGAUAAGUUAACACAUCUUGCUGGAGCUUUAAUCCAUGUGGAUCCACUACCCAGUGUGCUUUAUGAUCAAGUGAAUGAAGAGCCCACUUCAGUACCAGUACCAGUACCAGUACAAGAGCAAUCAACAGAUCCUAUUGAAAGUCCCGUGAGACAUCACUUCUCCUUCCAUAGAAAGUCGAAAAGAAGUGAUACAAUCAACGAUGCUAGUUCAACCUUUACAGUUGAAACCAAUUAA